UAAUGAAAGAUUCGUAAUGUUCAAACAGGGAAGAAGAAGACAACAGCCACUGCUUGCAAAAAUUAGUUGGCCAAAUCACAAUGAUAAUGUGACUUUCACUCCUUUUUCACCCCCAUAAAGAAACUCUCUCUCUCUCUUUCUCCACACCUAUCAAGGCCAUACCCAAGUGCCCAAGUGUACCGUUUAGUGGUGUGCAGUGCUAUCCUAGCGCAGGAGGGACUCGGAUAGCUAGGCGAAGAACGCAGUAGAAGAAACAAGAAACAGAGGAGAUCAAAGCUGUAGAAGAAAAUGGGCACCUUAAGUCCGACUAAAGAACAUUCUUAUCCUUCUUUCACCAAGAAGUUCCUUCCAUGGACCUUUUAUGUUAUUAUCCUUUUAGUUCUUUUUCGCUUGUAUUUUUACCCUUGCCCCAUUCUUCACUCUAGUCCCAUUCUCAUCUCCUCCUCUUCUUCUCCUUCUUUCGUUCGUUCUCCUUCUACCAUUACCAGUACAGCUACUCUAGAAGAGGAAAGUGCUAAGGAAACUCCAUGUGACUACACUAAUGGCAACUGGGUCCUUGACAACAGAGGUCCUUUGUACAAUGGCACAACUUGUGGCACAAUCAAGGAAGGUCAAAAUUGCAUCUCCCAUGGCAGGCCAGAUAUGGAUUAUCUAUACUGGAGAUGGAAACCGAAUCAAUGCAAGCUUCCAAGGUUUGAUCCUAACAUAUUUCUCCAACUUCUCGAGAAUAAGCAUUUAGCUUUUAUUGGUGACUCCAUGUCUAGAAACCAAUUGGAGUCUCUUCUUUGCAUGCUAGCCACUUCUUCUUCUCCUAAACUUGUUUAUAGAGAUGGCGAUGAUAACAAGUUUCGCAGAUGGUAUUUUGAUUCUCAUAAUAUUAGCAUAUCUGUUUAUUGGUCACCAUUUCUUGUUAAAGGUGUGGAAAAAUCAAAUUCUGGCCCAAAUCAUAACAAAUUGUAUUUGGAUCAUGUUGAUGAAAGAUGGGCAGCUGAUUUGAAUGGAAUUGAUAUGAUUGUGUUAUCAAUUGGGCAUUGGUUUCUACACCCAGCGGUGUAUUAUGAGGGCGAUUCUAUAUUGGGUUGCCAUUACUGUCCUGGUCUUAACUACACUGAAAUUGGAUUUUAUGAUGUCUUGAGGAAGGCUUUAAAGACCACACUCAAGACUCUAAUUGAGAGGAGAGGGACUAAUGGAAAUGGGAUUGAUGUAAUUCUUACUACUUUUUCACCCUCACAUUUUGAAGGUGAUUGGGAUAAGUUUGGUGCUUGUCCAAAAACUAAGCCAUAUAAGGAGGGAGAGAAAUCACUUGAAGGAAUGGAUGCAGAGAUGAGAAAAAUUGAGAUUGAAGAAGUUGAAAGUGCAAAGUUGAAUGCUAUGCAAUUUGAUAAGCUGAAAAUUGAGGCAUUAGACAUAACCAAAUUAUCGCUAUUGAGGCCGGAUGGUCACCCAGGUCCUUAUAUGUAUCCAUUUCCAUUUGCCAAUGGUGUAACUGAGCGUGUGCAAAAUGAUUGUGUUCAUUGGUGCUUGCCAGGGCCCGUUGAUACUUGGAAUGAGAUAUUGAUGGAGGUGAUUAAGAGAUGGAAGUAUCAAUCAAUAAGAGAAGAAUGAGAGAUGACAAUUUGUUAAAAUAUGAAGAGGGUUUGUCUUUGUGAUAAUGUUUCUGAUCCAUUUGGGUGGUGUUUAUUGCUCUCAAGAAAGACAAAAGCAGGAAGAGACAAGUAGAGAAGAGAGAUCAAAUGAUGCCAAGGAUGAUGAUCUUUUUGGAGAAUUUUUUAUGUUCAUGUAAAAUGCACAGAUAAUAGCAAUGUGAAGUAAAUGUGUACAAACGAUAUUAAUGAAACCUUGGCCACAUUCCAAACGAUUUGGUAGCUGUCAUUUUGUCUGCCAAGGAAUUUGUUGUGAUGUGAGUGUGAAUUUUGCUUUCGCCUAUAGUUUUUUACCACUAGUUUUUAUUAAGCACCCAAUUUUAGCAUAUUACCCUUGACAGUCUACUUUUGUUGGACAUGUCUUUCUUGAAAUCAGUAUCAAUAGUUUUUGUUUUUCA